CUACUUGAUAACAACAUGGUUAACCAAACAUAUUUUCAGAUGACGAUCAACGCUGCUCUUGGAUUUGAUUCAUUCCUAGUCAUGCGUCACGGAGCACAAUCAACAACCUAUUUGCAACAAAGUAUUGAAGUGGAAGGAUUUAAGGAGCUGUCGGGAUCUCGUUUGGGUUGCUAUUUUUGCAACGAUAUUGUGGCACCAGGAAAUUCUCUCAAAGAUCGUACUUUGGAUCAACAAUGUACAGUCACCAGGCCUGCGGUAGCUAGUAUUGCGUCUAGCCUCGCCGUUGAAUUGGCUGUGUCACUAUUGCAACAUGAUGGCAGAGAUGGAGCUCCAGCUUAUUACAAAACGUCAAACACUAUUCUUGAUAUAGCAGAUAUACCUGAGGGAAUCCUUGGGAUUAUGCCACAUUCGAUCCGAGGAAACAUCAGUACAUUCAAUUAUCUUAUUACUGCUACCGAAAGGUUUUCCGAAUGCAUUGCAUGCUCAAAGCAAAUACUGGAAAGAUUUGGCCACCAUGGAAAAACUUUUGUUAUGGAAGCUUUGAAUUCAGCAAAGGUUCUUGAGGAUAUUGCCGGAAUAUCUAAUUUGACAUGCGGUGUAGAUGAGAUGAUAGACUUUAGCGGGAGUGAUACAGAGUGAAUUCGCAACAACUAACAUGUAUCUUUGUUUGCGGAUCUGAGAUGAGCUAGUCUACGCCUAAAAAAUUUAUAAAUAAAGAAUUAAAAAAAACAAAUGAAUGUUUGCGCAUGGAGUU